GUUCAUUUGUUGUUAUAUUGUUUGCACGCUUCUUUAACUAACGACCGAACACAAGUGUCAGUUAUAAUUUGCAAGCACCACAUUCAGCAACAAGUUUAUUUACUGUCGGCUACAAACAACCGUACACCCCAAUACGUGUCAAAAACAACACCCUCGCAAUACGUAUCAAAAAAACACCGCUUAAAUCUAGUGUCGCUAUUAUAUCAACAAAAUGGGACCGGAAGUCCUUAAAGUCCUAGCCUGUUUUCCGUUCCUAAUGAGCAUAAUCUUUGCUAAAGCUCAAUUAAAUUUACCCCCUUAUAGCACCCCUAAUCCCGCGUACGACAGAGACUCGCCGUUCGGCGGUAACCAGCCGUUUCCGGGGGUCACUCCCGGGGGUGACCCGUUGUAUUCCGUGGCCGGACGCGACGACGGUGAAAACGGCCGAAGACAGUACGGGGUCACUCCCGGGGGUGACCCGCGGUAUUCCGUGGCCGGACGCGACGACGGUGAAAACGGCCGAAGACAGUACGGAUCUGACGACGUCUUUCGGCCAAACAAUCCUGGAAAUCAAUUUAUACCGAACGAUAACGAUAACAAUAAUGUAAACAAUUUGAGGCCUAACAACAAUAGGCCCGUUGAUCCUAAUGAUCCUGACAAUAGGAUUGAUAACACAGUGCCAAAUAGGAGACCGCAAGAUCCCAGAUUUAUAGGGAGUGAUAUUAGGAGUCUGUUGCAGGCGCUGGAUGUCCAGGAGUCGCAACAGUGUACUAAUAAUGUAGCUGCUCAGUGGAAUUUUGAAACUGAAGUUAAUGAAGCCACUCAAUUGGAAGCU